GGUCGGCGCAUGCGCGGACAGACAGUGAGGAGGAGGACGACAAGAUGGAGGACAGUUACCCCGCAGCCCGCCAAGGCGCAGAGAACCUGGACGAGCCGCCCAACAGUCGCCUGUUCUUGGUCACCAGUCGCUCCAUCAGCGAGGAUGAAGUGCGGGAGAAUUUCUGCGUGUUCGGGGAAAUCCAGGGGAUUUGGCUGGUGAAAGACAAGCAGACCAAGGAGUCCAAAGGGAUUUGUUACGUCAAGUUCGCCAAGUCGUCGCAGGCCUGCUCGGCCAUGGAAGCCAUGCACGGCAAGGUUCUGUCGGAUGGAAGUAAACCCAUCAAGGUGUUUAUCGCACAGUCGCGCUCGUCCACGAGCCACAGAGACGUGGAGGAUGAGGAGCUGACCAGGAUCUUUGUCAUGAUCCCCAAGACGUUCUCGGAGGAAGACCUGAAGAAUACAUUCAAGGAGUACGGAGACAUCGAGUAUUGUGUCAUCAUCAAGAACAAGAUGACGGGGGAGAGUAAAGGUCUGGGCUACGUGAGAUACCACAAACCCUCCCAAGCUGCCGUGGCCAUCGAGAACUGUGACAAAGCUUACAGAGCCAUCUUGGCCGAGCCUCGCACCAAGCCCCCGGCUUCAGAAGACUACAUGGGCGGGCCCACGUCCAGGAGCGACUACACGGGCGGUGCCACCGUCGCCGCCGCCGCCGACUCCAUGAACCAGUACCCCUUCCCCAUGGGCUCAGCAGAACCCAGCAACUACCCAGGAAUGGACUACCGCUCUGGCGACUUCACCUGCUGCCUGAUGGUGUCCACACGAGCUGCGCUGACCCAGGAGCAGAUCUUUAACCUCUUCGAUAUCAUCCCGGGGAUGGAAUACUGUGAGCUGCAGCGUGAUGCUUACGGGAUGGGCAAAGGUCACGCUCUGAUUCGCUACACAAACCUGGGAUCAGCUGUUUAUGCCAAAGAAAAACUGAAUGGCUUUGAGUAUCCUCCCAACAACAGACUGCUGGUCAACUUUAUGGAUGAUGGAGAAGAUCGCAACAGCCCAGUGAGCCGGAUGGCGAUGCAGUUUGUGUCCAGUCAGGUGAUGUCAUCAUUGUGGAACAGACCCUCUGGCAACCAAGCCAUGAAACCUUCUGGUUUCCCGGCAGCGUCUCGGAUCCAGACAGACGUCCAGCUGCCGCCCCCCAAGAAGCUGGCACCGCCCGACAGCAGGUCCAAGGAACGCCUCUUUGUCGUCUUCAACCCCUCCCCCUUGCCGCUGGAAGUGCUGGAGGAUGUUUUCUGCCGCUUUGGUGCUCUGAUUGAGGUUCACCUGAUCCCAGGCAGGAAGGUUGGAUACAUGAAGUACGCCGAGAAGCAGUGCGCCUAUGACGCCAUGUCGGCGCUGCACGGCCAGUUCAUCAACGGCGUGAAGAUGAAGGUGAUGCUCGCCGAUCCUCCCCGAGAGGAGUCGCACAAAAGGCUUCGCACCUACUAGGACGUGAGCAGAGGACAGGCGACUGUUUUGACUGACACCUUGACCUGACCGACAGCCACUCUUUGGACCGACCUGUUGACACGACCUUUGACCUUGCAUGUGGAUCACACUUGUUUGAUUUUCCUUCACACUUGUGCACGGCGGCCACAGAACUUUUUCCUUUGACGUUCUCGCCCCAAGUUUUUUUUCCUGCCUUCAAGUAGAAAUAAACUGUUGAACAUCCA